AUGGCUGACCCCACGCCGCCAACUUCGCAGCCCGAAGAGCCCAAGCUAGCUGCUGCUGGCGAGGGCGAAGAAGGCGAGGCCGGACCCUCCAAGAAGGCCCUCAAGAAGGCGGAGGCAAAGGCAAAGAAGGAAGCUGAAAAGGCUCGUCGUGCGGCAGAGCACCAGGCGAAGCAAGCUGCUGCCAAGGCCGCGGCAGGAAACACCGAGGAUUUGGCUACGGAGAACUAUGGCGCUGUCACGCCGCAGACAAAAGUUGAUGCCGAGAGGGUCAACUUGAAGAAUGUGGGGGACGAGCAUCUCGGCAAGACGAUCAAGAUUCGGGGCUGGAUCCAGAAUGCACGAAUGCAGGGCGCGAAGAUGGCGUUCAUCGAGCUGCGCGAGGAGAGAAACUGGGCUAUUCAGGGUGUUGUGGCCGCGAGCGCCGAGGGAAAACCCGUUUCCAAACAAAUGGUCAAGUGGAUUGGGGGGUUGAACAUCGAGAGCUUCGUCUUGAUUGAGGGAACCAUCGAGAAGCCCCUCGAGCCGGUCAAGAGCGUGCGCGUCGCCAACUACGAGCUGCAUAUCAAGAAGUGCUACUGCAUUGCGCCGGGCCCAGAGGUCCUGGGCAUGGGACUGGUUGUCGCGAACAAGGCUGUUACCAACUUUGACGAUGAGGACGCUGGUGCUGAUGUCUCUGUUGAGGAGGCACGCAAGGCUGUUGAGGCUACGUCCAUUGAUAAUGUGCCCAGCGCCAGUAUGGCGACACACUUGAACAAUCCGGCUAUGCAUAAGCGUGCCCCUGUUCAGCAGGCUAUUGCUGAUGUGCGCAUGGCUACUCGCAAGUUGUUUGCUGAAUAUCUCGACUCUCAAGGGUUCAACCAAUUCGAGCCACCGUGCCUUAUUGGUGCUGCUUCCGAGGGAGGUUCCAAUGUCUUUGGUAUGAAUUACUUCGAGAAGCAGGCCUACCUUGCGCAGUCUCCCCAGUUCUAUAAGCAGUUUGAGAUUGCUGGCGGAAGGAAGCGCGUGUACUGCAUCGGACCUGUUUUCCGUGCUGAAAACUCUAAUACGCCUAGACACAUGACUGAGUUCACUGGUCUCGACUUGGAAAUGGAAAUCGAAGACGACUAUGUCGAGGUCCGUCACAUGCUCGAGCAGGUCCUUCUCUACAUCUUCCGCGGUCUCGCCACCCGUUGCGCAGACCAAAUCGCCCUGAUCCGAACCAUCUAUCCUUCAGAAGAAUUCCUCCUGCCCGAACCCGGAAAGGAGGUUCGCCUUACCUUUGCUGAGGGCCAGGCUCUGCUUCGUGCUGAGGGUCCUGAGGAGUAUCGCAAUGUUUCCGAUGACGAGGACAUGUCAACACCACAGGAAAAGGCACUAGGUGCCCUGAUCCGCCAAAAGUACAACACCGACUUUUACGUUCUCGACAAGUUCCCCGAGGGCGCACGACCUUUCUAUGCUAUUGAAGACCCUGAGAAUCCCAAGGUCACAAAUGCCUUUGACUUUUUCAUGCGUGGCCAGGAGAUCUUGUCUGGCGGCCAGCGUAUCCACUUGGCCGAUGUGUUGGAAGCCCGUAUCCGCAAGAAGGGUGUUGAUCCCACUAGCUCUGGCAUCAAGGAGUACGUCGACGUCUUUAGAAGUGCCGGUGUGCCUCCUCACGGUGGCGGUGGCAUUGGCCUUGACCGCGUCGUCGCUUGGUAUCUGAACUUGCCUAGCGUGCACUUGGCAAGCUAUUAUCCUCGUACUCCUAAGAGACUGAUGCCGUAA